UCGACCCAACUCCUCCUCCUCCUCCUCCUCGCCUUUCAUGCCCGGUCCCUGCUGCGAAGGGCGGGGCGAGGCCGGCUGAGGGGGGCGGGCCCCGAGGAGCAGAGCAGACAGAGGGAGGCUUUUUGCACGGGCUGGCGAGGCGGCUCUUGUUUUCUCGCUCCGGGUUGCUCAGCUGUCCUGAGGCGGCCGCCGGCUGAGCCAUGAGCGGGUCCGGGCUGCCGGGGAGCGGCGGCGGGUCGGGGUUACCUCCGCUGCCCAAAAGCCUGAGCGGGCUGCUGAAUUCUUCCUCCAGCGGGGGCGGCCCGGGCGGAGCUGGGGGGCGCUGGCGGGACCUGGAGCGGCUCUAUGCACAGAAAUCCCGUAUCCAGGACGAGCUGAGCCGUAGCGGAGGGGGAGGAGGGGGGCGAGGAUCGCCGCGGCCGCCGAAGCCUCCCAACCUAGACGCCGCGUUGGCCCUGCUCCGAAAGGAGAUGGUUGGCCUCCGGCAGCUAGAUAUGUCAUUACUGUGUCAGCUCUACUCUCUUUAUGAAUCUAUUCAGGAAUAUAAAGGUGCCUGCCAAGCUGUAUCAAGUGCGGACUGUGCAUAUGCCCUGGAAAAUGGAUUUUUUGAUGAAGAGGAGGAAUAUUUCUAAGGAUACAGUGUCAAUCCCAACAGCAGUGUGUGGAUGGGGCUUGUAUUUGUGAGAUCAUCGGUGUCUAAAUGGAACUCUUAAGUACAUCCUCGCCUUGUGCUGGAAGAAAGACGCUCUGCUACUGUGCAACCCAUUUACUUCUGGCAUGCUGUCAACACACGUUAUACAUUGUGCGAGUUCUACUUCAGGGAAGCAACGUGCGACAACCUUUGAAGAGUCCUCAAGCACGUUUGGCAGGACAUGUCAGUAUAAUUUGUGCACUGGGUGUUUCUAACUUGCACAUGUUGGCAAAUAACUUUCUAUAUCCAUAGCUUGGAUCAUGCAAGAAAGCAAUUACAUCCUGAGUAUUCUGAAGUGUAAAAUGGUAGUUAAUAUAACUCUAUGGAGUUCAUGCAUUUUAAUACAUCAUGAAUCACCUUUGAAAUUGUUCAUCGUCUUUUUUUUUUUAUGACAUUAAAAACGGAGAUCUGUAGGAUUCUUGUAUCUCAGUCCCAGUAAUGGACUCUGGAACAUCUUGAAUUUACUCUAAUAGCCUCUUUAUCAUAUUUUGAGUUCCAAAAUUUACAUUUUAAGUGAAAAUAGACUUUCCCUCCAUUGAUACAGUUCUUUCCCUUUACCACCAUAUGUCAAAAUGAGUCUUGUUUAAACCAGUAUAAUCUAAACUUGUUUUGUAAAAGUUUGUAUUUCUUACUCAAAUACAGUAAAAGCAAGUUGGCAGUCUGCCUCAUAUUGUGUAGCUUGCAGCAGCACAAGCUCACACAAAUAUAAUUUAGUUACUUGGCAUACAACGGGUAGUAACAUGAAAUGUCAUACGGACUGAAACAGCAAUAUUUUAUACUCAUUAACAUGCUUGGAAGGUAAGCUGUGAACUUGUUAUAAAUCUUUGAAGAAUUGACGUUCUUUACAAAGAAUUUGUAGAGUAUUGUAUGCAGCCUUGUUUUUAUACUACCAUAAUAGAAAGCAAACUUCUAGUAUAAUUUAUUAAACUUUUUAAGAUUAACUUAUUCUUACAUUGGGGUCUCUGUGUAUACAUUAGUGUUUGGAAUCAGCAAAGGGCUAUAGCCUGCCUUACCCAAGGACCAACUCGCCUUACUGGAUUUUCCAUUUAGGAAUUUGCAGAAUAACUAUGUGUAGGGUAGGAAACCUAUACGUAGUGUGUAGAUAAUCCUACACACUAGUUUCAUGCUAUGUAUAGAUGUGGUGAGAAGCUGAUUGGCUGUGGCUAUACACACCUGUGUAUAGAUGUGGUGGAAAGCAUAUGUGCACAAAUGUACACAUGUAGGAGGAAAGUGUCUUCCCUGAAAGGAUUUGGUACAUGGAUAACUAAUUCUCUGAAUUUCAGUAUCAAAAAACCACUGGAAUGUUUUAUUUUGGGGAAUUCCGAUAAAUCCAUGUUCUGCUUUAAAAAAAAAAAAGGCUUUUCUGAAGCUGGACAAUUCAACAGCUUUUUCUAAACUUGUUUUACACAUAUUCCAAACUAAAUCUAAUUUGUGUACCCCUGAGUCUUGCUAUGUUGCCUCAUAGUGACUGUGUGUGUGUUCAUGUUCCUGGGAGGGAUGAGUGAAGUACACUGGGAGGUAUACUCCCAGUAGGGUCACCCAAAGUGCAAAGGUCAUCCCAGCUACCCAGCUGGGGUAAGCAAGCAGGCACCUAUAUUGGGCAGCAGUGAUAUAGGAAGGACAGUCUCUUUGUCACAAUGACAAAGGCAUCAUUUCAUACUGCGCAGAAGAAAGCAAUGGUAAACCACUCCCGUAUUUUACCAAGAAAACCACAUGGAUAGACAAGAUAGAAUGACUGUCGAUGUAGUGUCUGAUGAUGGGCUCCUCAGGUUGGAUGGUACUCAACAUGCUACUGAGGAAGUGAUCUUGAGAAUGUACCCACUAUUUUCAAGGAGAACACCAGGAACCACUUUGAUGUUCUGAUUAAUAGUGAACCAGAGGAACUGUGGAAUGAAAUCAAAGAAGUUAAGGACGAAUGUGAAAAUAGACUGCCAAAGACCAAAAAACAGAAGAAAGCAAAAAGGAUGUCAGAACAGGUGGUGGAAAUUGCCAAGAAGAGGAGAAAAGCCAAAAUAAAGAAAGAAAGACCUUAUGAAGGAACUUAUGGGGAAUUUCAGAAAGCUGUUAGAAGAGACAAGGAGCAGUACUACAAUGACAUCUGUAAAGACCUUGAGGAUGGAAUAGACACGGAAAACAAGGAAAAGUUUUCCAAAAGAUCUCUGAACUCAGGAGGUUCCAACCUCUAAUUGGUUUAAGGGAUGCCAAAGGACAGAUAGUAACUGAUUCAGAGAAGAUCAAACAGAGUUGGAAGUAUACUGAAAAUCUGUACAGUAGGGACGUCAACAUCCAAGAUACUCUAGAAGAUAUUCCCAACUUGCAAGAACCUCUGGUACAGGAAGAUGAAGUUGGAUCAGCUACUCUGGUCAAGUAGGAAGGCUACAGGAAUUAAAGAAAUAGCUACAGAAAUGUGGCAGGCAACAGAAGAAGUAUCAGGCAAGGCUCUAACCAAACUAUGCCAGCAAAUUUGGAGAAUGACACAGUGGCCAACAGAAUGGUCAGUCUACAUACCCAUACCAAGGAAAGGAGAUUUAACUGAUUGUGCAAACCAUUGCACAAUAUCCUUAAUUUUACAUGCUACCAAAAUAAUCCUCAGGAUCAUCCAACACAGAUUAGGGCCCUACAUGGAAAGGAAAAUGCCGGAUGUUCUAGCUGGUUUCAGAAAAGGCCGAGGAACAAGAGACAUUAUUGCUGAUGCACACUGGACAAUUGAGAAAGCCAAAGAAUACCAAAAAAGUCAAUAUGUGCUUUGACUACAGAAAAGCCUUUGAUUGCAUUGACCAUGUCAAAUUGUGAAAUAUUCUUAGGAAAAUGCAAACAUAACUUGUCCCCUUAGCUAAGCAGGUAGCACCCUGGUUGCAUAUGAAUGGGAAACUAGAAGUGUGAGCACUGUAAGAUAUUCCCCUCAGGAUGCAGCCACCACAGUGGGAAGAGCAGAAGGUUUCAAGUUCCCUCCCUGACUUCUCCAAGAUAGGGCUGAGAGAGAUUCCUGCCUGCAAUCUUGAAGAAGCUGCUGCCAGUCUGUGAAGACAAUACUGAGCUAGAUAGACCAAUGGUCUGACUCAGUAUAUGGCAGCUUCCUAUAUUCCUAUCUCAUUGUUCUGAGAAACCUGUACACAGGACAGGAAGCCAUAGUCCAGACGGAACAUGGUGAAACAGACUGGUUCCAGAUUGGCAAAGGAAUAAGGCAAGGCUGUAUACAUUCUACUUUAUUCAACUUAUAUACUGAACAUAUACUGAGAGAAGCUGGAUUGGAAGAUGAGCGUAGUUUUAAAGUUGGAAGAAGAAACACCAAUAACCAGUGCUAUGCUGAUGACACUACUCUGAUAGCUGAAAAUGCAGAGCUGUAAGCUCUAGUAAUGAAAGUCAAGGAGCACAGUGCAAAAAAUGGGGCUAUGACUAAACGUAAAGAAGAUUAAGCUAAUGACAAUGGGUACAGCAACCAGCCUCAGAAUUGACAAUGAAAACAUUGAAGUGGUAGAUAGCUUCUGCCUCUUAGGAUCAACCAUCAACAGUCAAGGAUCCAGCAGUCAAGAAAUAUGCUGCAGACUUGGACUUGGUAGGGUUGCAAUGAAGGCCUUAGAAAGGAUAUUUAGAUGCUGUGACGUGUCUAUACCUACAAAGAUUAGAAUCAUUUGAACAAUGGUUUUUCCUGUGACACUCUGGAUGUGAAAGCUGGACUCUGAAGAAGCAGGGUAGAAAAAGUAUUGACACUUUUGAACUUUGGUGCUGGAGAAGACUUUUGAGGAUACCAUGGACAGCCAGGAAAACAAACAAAUGGAUCAUAGAACAAAUCAAUGUAGAACUCUGACUUGAGGCACAAAUGACCAGGUUCAUACUUCAGACACCUUAUGUGAAAACCCAGCUCCCUUGAGAAGUCCAUAAUGCUGGGGAAAGUUGAAGAGGACAGCUGGAUGGAUGGAUGGACUCGAUUAUGACAGCAAUGAAUGCACCACUGAGAGACCUUAAAGGCCGAGUUGAAGACAGAUCAUCCUGGAGAGAAUCUAUCUAUGUGGUUGCUAAGGGUCGACACCGAAUUGACAGCACUUAAUCAGUCAAUCAAUGCUUCACCAAAGUGUUCUUUUGGAAGUAAUUUCUACACAUUUCUCUUUGUCUUACCUCUUUGAUGUGCAUAAUAAUCCUUCCCCAUAGCCCAUAAUGUUGUUUCCAUCAUCCAGCUAACCAAUUUAACAGGAUCGCUCAGUUAAAUCCAUGUGUAAAGCAAGUUUAAGAGAUACCCAUAUUGUCCUAGUUGGAGCCAAAGAGAUCUGUUUCACAAAUGGAAAUCAGUCCCAUCUGUACUGCUUAUUUUUAGCCUACUUUCCAGUAGGCUUAUGAGAUCACCUGGCUUUUUGUGUGUGUUUGUCCAUAUGUCCACCCCCGCAUCAACUUUGCAACACCUGGACCUAUUUGAACCAAAUCGGGUAUAGUUGUAUGGAUACCUCAACGGCAUAGUUUGUGAUGUCAUUCACCCUGCUCCAAGAUGUCGGAUGUGUGAACUUUUGAGGCACCUGUGGGCUAACUUGUGAACUGCUUAACUGAUUUGAACCAAAUUUGCUACAGCUGUAGGGAUACAUAGGGAUGCUCUAAUGGCGUGGUGUGUGAUGUCGUCCACUCCAGUUCAAGAUGGCCACAUAAACAUCUGAGGUGCAAAAACGGGCUAAUUUGUGGACUGCCUAACCCAUUUUAACCAAAUUGGGUACAUUUGCAUUGAGUGACACACAAGGACACCUAAGUGGAAUAGUCUGUGGUGAUGUCAUCCACAUCAAUUCAAGAUGGUGGAUGUGUAAACUUUUGAGGCCCAAGUGUACUAACUUGUGAACAGUCUAACCAAUUUGAACCAAACUUGCUACAGCUGUAUGGGCACAUAGGGAUGUCCCAAUGGUGUAGACUAUGAUGAUGUCAUCCACCCCGAUCCAAGAUGGUGAACAUGUGAACUUUUGAGGCACAAGUGCACUAACUUGAGGACUGUCUAACUGAUUUGAACCAAACUUGGUACAGUUGUAGUGAGUGACACACAGGGACACCUCAAUGGUGUAGUUUGUAAUGAUGUCAUCCACCCCGAUCUAAGAAGGUGGACACAUGAACAUUUGAGGCACAAGAGAUCUAACUUGUGGGCCUUGAUUUGAACCAGAUUUAGUCCAGUUGUAGAGACAGUGAAAGGAAAGUAGGCUGAUAAGUUCUUACUAGAACAACUUGUGUCUUUUUGGCUGCAGUUCUUUGCAUGACCUUCAGUGCUCUUCUAGAUGGUCCCUCAACGUCCAAGAGAAGUAUUUCUGGAAUGCAAAGGGCUGCAGCUGGGAUUUUCAAUUUCUGCAUACUGUAGGGUUUUGGAAGAAUCCUGGUAUGUGUACCAAGCAGUACAUGCAAUCCCAGCUUUCCUGUUGGUUCUUGACUUUCUUAAGGAAGUUAUUCUGAAUAAUGUAAAUUGAACCUCAGAGCAAGUUUUCAUUUGGGGCAUGCAGAGAAACUUUUGCUGACUGAGAAGGUUUGAAGGGUUAAAUGCUAAAGGCUUGGCAAGGUUCACAUCUGACACACAUGAACUUUCCCUAAAGUUCAAAGAUUUAAUUCUGGAUUUAAUUUCCCUGUGUUGGCUUCCUACAUCAAUAUCUUUAGUGAGCCACAAUAACAAAGAAAAUAUUCGGGAAUAGUAUGACCAAAAGAUCUUGUGUGGACUUCAGAUUGGGAUAAACGGUUAGAUUGCUAGAGUCCAGAAGAGCUCAACUGCUCAGUAGUAUAGGCUGCAGUUUGAGAUAGACUUCUAAAUUGAAUGGCAAUUAAGAACCUUCAUCAGUUGCCACCUCCACCCUUCGAUACUUUGUAAUAGUUAUAGCUUGGUAUAAUUUGAAGGUUUGAGAUUUGACUAUGACACAACAAGCAGUUGCUAUAAGGUAUUCCUUCUGUUUCAAAACCAAACAAAAUCUUCUCCACUGCUUCAGUUGCAUAAUGCCUUUUAGAGGCAUGGCUGAGCAACUCCAAAAUUGUUUACUGUCCUGUAUUGAUUGCUUUUAAUGGAUGACAUCUCCAGCAUUCUUCUCCUAAGCCACAUCGAUGUAACAAACAUGGCUUGCUGCUUAUAAACUGUUUCACAAUCAAGGCUGUCAGUACAGCACAUGCUCUGCUCAAUACAGGGUUAAAACUGAAUCUAUGAAUCUCAUAUGAAAAGGCUGCUUUUCUUUGUGGAGAGAGAACUGGGGGGGGGGGACAUCUUUGUCAGACACCAUAGAGCAUACUGUGCAGGGGCUAGGAAAUGGCAAAUUGCCAUACAUGUCAUCCACUGAUGCAUUUGGGUAACCUUUCACUCCUCCUCAGUAAUUAUCUGAGCUCUAUGGUUGGUGCAAGUCAGUACUAUAGUUACAAACAGGAUUCUAAUUACCAGUCAACAGGGGCUAUUGAAGUGCCAGUGCAUCAGUGUUGUGUCCCAGAGUCAGAAUAAGGCUGAGCUCGCACAUGUGGGGGUGGGUGGGAAACUCUCCCCUUCUUUGCACAGCUGCCUGCGCUGCCUGAAGAUCUGUUCCUAUUCUCCAUUUCUUAGAGAACACGGUUCUGCUCUUUAACUAUCUGGGGAGGGGGGAGCAAGGCAUGGCAGUUAUGAUAGAGGAGGUGGGGCAAGCGACAGCUGGAAAGAACACUAAAGCAGCAGCAGCAUUUUUUCAUGUGGAUUCCAACCAGUACCUGCCUUCAAAAACUGUCAUGGCUUCAGGUUGCAAGAGACCCCCUGUUUGGGAAUACUUUUGAGUAACGCCUUUUACUAGGGUGGGGGUGGGUGGAGAAUGUAGCAAAUGUAAAUAGUGGAACAAAGACAUGCAAUGCUGGUUGUCAGAAUGAAGCAACAUUAUAUUGAUACCUUUUAUGAUUAGAGCAAUGAAUUCGUAUGCACUUUUAUAUACAGUACGAAGUAUCUAAAAGCAUCUGAUUCAAAUCACUUAUUUAAACAGGCCUUUUUCUUAAUGAUUUCAGCUGCUGAAGAAUCUCCUGACUCUUGUUAUAAGGAAACUCUGAUCAGCAAUAGUAGUAAUAGGCUAUUAACCUCAGAAGAUUAAUCUUAGUUACUGGAUUUAAUAAGGGUCUGGCUUAAAUCCCUGGCUGGAUAGAAACAAGGGGCCCAUCUAGCCAGCAUUCUGUUGUCAACAGUGGCCUGCCAGAUAAUUUUUGUUUGUUCUUUUCCUACAAGUCCAACAGUUCAUGAUAUUUUAGGAUUCCUUGAAGCAGCUGCAAGCAAGACGUGAUUUUGAUAACCAUCUUGUUUGUACAGAGCAUCUGCUAAUUACAAGUUGUAGCCGAUUUAAGCCACACUUCUCUUCCAGCCGCAAGGCCCUCUAGGUCCUGCCCACCAUGUGCCUACCCACCAUGUGGCUGUUUCCUAGCCUGUCAGUCAGAACAGGGUUCACAUCCGGUUCACUCUUUAGGGUAAGGGAGGGCUGAUUGCUACACAAGUAUAUUAUAGCUGAGGGUUAAAUGGAUGGAGAGCUGCUGGACUCUAAAGCAUGUAGGUACUUUGAGACCAAUACGUCCUCUUUUACAAUAAAAACCACACAAAGGUUACUUGGAGAACAAAACAGGACUGAAAACUGAUAAACCCUUUCUAGAAACAAGCAAUGAUUAUCAAGAUGUCUAGUGGGUUUUUAAAAAAACAUUCUUGCUAUAUCACGCAAAAUGCAGUGUAAUACUAUAAUACUAUUUUAUACUAUUUAAAAUAGCCUGGGUACAGUUCAAUAACAGUAUCCUUUUGAAAUGCAAUGUGAAUAUUAAAAAAUAGAAAUAGCCAA